CUGCCCUCGCUGCCAGAACCAUGAGGGCCGUCUCGGGCACCAGCCUCGUGCUGUGUGGCCUCCUGCUGUGGCUCCAGGCCCCGUGCACGCUGGGCCUCGCCCCCCAGUCCAGAGGGCACCUCUGCCGGACCCGGCCCGCCGACCUGGUGUUUGUGGUGGACAGCUCGCGCAGUGUGAGGCCCGUGGAGUUCGAGAAGGUGAAGGUGUUCUUGUCCCAGGUCAUCGAGUCGCUGGAUGUGGGGCCCAACGCCACCCGGGUGGGCGUGGUCAACUACGCCAGCGCCGUGAAGCAGGAGUUCCCCCUGCGGGCCCACGGCUCCAAGGCCGCGCUGCUGCGGGCCGUUCGCGGCAUCCGGCCGCUGUCCACGGGGACCAUGACCGGUCUGGCCAUCCAGUUCGCCAUCACCAAAGCCUUCAGCGACGCCGAGGGGGGCCGUGCCAGGUCCCCCGACAUCAGCAAGGUGGUCAUCGUGGUGACGGACGGGAGGCCCCAGGACAGCGUGCGGGACGUGUCUGCACGGGCCCGGGCCAGCGGCAUUGAGCUGUUCGCCAUCGGCGUGGGCCGCGUGGACAAGGCCACGCUGCGGCAGAUCGCCAGCGAGCCGCAGGACGAGCACGUCGACUACGUGGAGAGCUACAGCGUCAUCGAAAAGCUGUCCAAGAAGUUCCAGGAGGCCUUCUGCGUGGUGUCAGACCUGUGUGUCACAGGAGACCACGACUGUGAGCAGGUGUGCCUCAGCUCCCCGGGCUCCUACACCUGCGCCUGUCGGGAGGGCUUCACCUUGAACAGUGAUGGCAAGACCUGCAACGUAUGCAACGGCCGUGGUGGCAGUUCGGCCACUGACUUGGUCUUCCUCAUCGAUGGAUCCAAAAGCGUGCGGCCAGAGAACUUUGAGCUGGUGAAGAAGUUCAUCAAUCAGAUCGUGGACACGCUGGACGUGUCGGACAAACUGGCCCAAGUGGGGCUGGUGCAGUACUCCAGCUCCGUCCGCCAGGAGUUCCCGCUGGGCCGCUUCCACACGAAGAAGGACAUUAAGGCGGCUGUGCGGAACAUGUCUUACAUGGAGAAGGGCACCAUGACCGGGGCUGCCCUCAAGUACCUCAUUGACAAUUCCUUCACCGUGUCCAGCGGGGCGAGGCCCGGUGCCCAGAAGGUGGGCAUUGUCUUCACUGACGGCCGGAGCCAGGACUACAUUAAUGAUGCUGCCAAGAAGGCCAAGGACCUUGGCUUUAAGAUGUUUGCUGUGGGUGUGGGCAAUGCUGUGGAGGACGAGCUGAGGGAAAUCGCCUCAGAGCCCGUGGCUGAACACUACUUCUACACGGCUGACUUCAAGACCAUCAACCAGAUCGGCAAGAAGUUGCAGAAGAAGAUCUGUGUGGAGGAAGACCCGUGUGCCUGCGAGUCCCUUGUGAAAUUCCAGACCACGGUGGAGGGGUUGCUGCAGGCUCUGACCAGGAAACAUAUCCUUUCCCAGAGGCCACUGCAGGGGGCAGGGGGUUCCAGGACCACCCUGGGCUCCGGGCCUGCGCCUCAGCUGCCUGGCAACUUGGCAGGGCCCUUCGCCCCUCUGGGUCCCCUGUCCACAUCCAAGGAGAAGGAUGCCAGUGUCGCCUCGCGGGCGCUGCAAGGUGGAAAUGAGAAGAUGUGUGGAGAGCACCCAGAACAGUGCCCACCCACCCCUUGCAUCCAGAGUGCCUCCAGGGGGUGGUUCCCUGGCCUCAGGGACACAUCCAAACCUGCCAGGUCCUGA